AUGUCUGAGACAGGCGAGAUGUGUCACGGCUCGACGCGCACCAUGCGGAAGGCAGCUGGGGCAGGUCUGUCGGGUCCAGAUGCAACCAAGUGCUCGCGGCGCGGGCAGCUGUCCAUGUCCCAGGGCCGUCGAUGGCGAGAUACCUCCAAACGUCGGCGGGGAUGGGCACCCCGUCAUCGAUGGAGCUCCGCCUCCACCUGGUGGGUGGCCCUGAUGUGUUUGGUUCUAUCGUGGGCCUCGCCGGCCACAGCAGCGCUGCUGACUUUCGACAACUGCCUGAGCAAGACGAUCCUCGAAUCUAACCCGCCACAGCUGCAAUACAUCCCGCUCGACGUCGCCGUCACGUUCAACCUGUCCAACCCUUUACAGCCGCUGAAUGUCACGGUCUAUGGAAAUGUGUCGGGCACGGCCGACGGCUCUACGGCUCCCGCGUGGACAGAUUCGUCGUGGACUAAUCAGAGCUCGACCGAGGGGAAGAUCGUGGAUUUGAGCAGCAGCAACAACAAGUACAGCACGCUGAUUACCUCAUUUGAUGUGCUGGGCUUCUCGGCCUUCAGCAAUGCGUCGCGCUUCUGCCAAUCGCUGUCACAGGGCGAAUGCCCGCUGGGCCCCGUCUUCAAUUAUAACUUGAGUGAUUUGAGCACCCUGCGGGCUUUCUCAGUUCAACAUGAUAUGGCCUCGACGUAUCGCUUUUCCACCAUCACACCGACGUUUACCAUCCGAUCUGGCGACGCGUCGGCGGCCGAGCUUGGUUGCAUCACGGUCGCCAUUACACCAGACUUGGGCUCGCCCCUCAAGGAUGCCUUGACUUAUGUGCCCCUGGUGAUCCUGCUGUUGGUUGGGAUUGCCACCGUGACGGCGGCGAUUUACAGCCCUUGGGGAACAACAGAUAUCUUCCGGUGGACGAGCAAUUACGGCCGCGACGAGGACGUGCUGCGAUUAGUGACUCCGGGGUUUGCGGAUUGUCUGCAGUACCUCCAAUUCGUCGUCUUGACUGGGUCACUGUCAUUGGAUUACCCUGGUUUUUUUCAGCCUGCAGUCAGUCACGGCUCCUGGUCGGUCCUGAUGUUCAACCAGAGCUUUGUUCAUCCGGACGGCGGCAAUAAUCCCGUUGUGGAUGGUGUCUAUGCAAUCAAUGGCACAUAUGGGCUGGACCGAAUGAACCAGCUGGUAGGCAUGGCCACCACCCGCGAUAUCUGGCCGGGCAUGAUGGUAUGGACGGUGGUCAUCUUGGCCAUCAUAACAGUCCUCUGUCAGGCUGGCUUUGGGCUGCGCUGGCUUCACCGCGAACUCGCACACAACACGGAGCAGGACCUGCGCGCCAAGAAUAUGCCCUUUACCGUUGGCAACGUCAUUCGCAUCGUCUUCAACUACCUUCUUCUGCCCAUCGUUUCUCUCUCCUUCUUCCAACUUGUCAUUGCCAAAGGCUCGCCCGCUUACAGCGUUGCUUUGGCGGCCGUGGUCAUCAUUAUUGUCAUUUGCUUCUCCAUCUGGCUUAUUCGCGUGAUCGUGUCCACUCGGCCGAAAUCCCAUCUCUUCGACGACCUCCCGACUGUCCUUUUGUAUGGACCUCUCUAUAACACCUACUGCGACGAUGCCGCCGCCUUCGCUAUGAUUCCCAUAUUCCUCAACUUUGCUCGCGGUGUUGCCAUCGGAGCUCUUCAGCCAUCAGGCAUCGCCCAGGUCGUCAUGCUAGCCAUCUGCGAGGUCGUUUCCGUCCUGACGCUGAUAGCCUUCCGGCCCUUCCCUUCGCCCACGCAUAUGAAUCUGUACCACAGCAUUUUCUCAUGCAUCCGAUUCCUUACCAUCCUUCUCAGCGUGGUCUUCGUCCCCUCUCUCACCGUGUCCUCUACCGCACGGGGUUGGAUCGGCUAUGUGAUCCUCCUCCUGCACGCCUUAGUUCUCGUCUUUGGAUUCUUCCUCAAUGCCCUGCAGACGCUGAUCGAGGUCCUGGCACGACUCGCGGGUGCCGGUGGCGCCACCCGUGGUGGUCUGGUGAAGGUCUUUGGCAUGCGGCAGCUGUCAAGGCGUGUGCCGCGCCAGGAUCUCGCCCGGCAAAGCAUGGGCUCGGAGGCGGCGAUGUUGGCACAUGCUGAUGACCGACUGUCCUCCCAGUUUGAAGGCUCACGGCCUCGCAGCUUGUCCGGCAGCUCUGGGCUCCUACUGAACCGUGCGACAGCCAGUGAGGGGCGCGCCAGUGCAAUCCUGGAUUAUGCCAGCUCCCAGGGUGGUGGCUCACACAGUCGUGCCCCAAGUGGUAAUCUAUAUACGAAUUCUCCUACCGCUUACACAGGUGCUGGUGGGUAUUCCAGCGGAUCGCCGAAUAGUAGCACGUUCAUUGCUGCACACCCGCGGGAUCCAUACUAUCGGCCGCCUAGGCCUGGUCGACGGACCUCGCAAGGUGACUCCUUCGACCGGGGCAAGAGGAGCUCGAGGUCGUUCUUGAAGGGCAAUCGCAGACAUGAUGAAGAGCACAUCGGCGAUAUGGCCCCGAUGUCUGGUCGUGGCACGCCUGUCCCUGCUUAUCUACCAGCACCGAAGGAUGAUAUGGAGAUGGACGACACGGGACAAGGAAAGGACUAUGCCGUUCGUGAAGUCGACUUCUACUACCGCGUUCGUGGGCCUCCGCUCUCGCAUACCGGUACCCGCAAGUUGAAGACUGGACCUGCCGAUCCUACAGGGCCCGUUUCCUCUGCGACAGGCUGGUUCCGCAACGUAUUCCAGGGAAAGACCAAGGAUAAGGGCAAGGGCUUCGAGGUUGUCCGGAGUGCCAGGGCGCCUCCUCCGGGGCUUUUCCCGGAGGCCGACUACAACGAGCCAUAUCACGAUGACCCGGAGGAUAUUGCGGCUGGUGCUGCGGCUCACUCUCGCAAUGUGUCCGCCGGCGAAGCUCCCUAUCGUGAUUCUGAAGGCGAUCACGGCGAACAUGGGGUCGAGCGGGAACCUCGGCAGUCCAGCGAUGCCCAAGGGGCUCCGGUCCUGCCUGAGGUAAAUACCGUCGGCGGCAUCGAGCUACCCAGCCGUGUCGGAUCUCGUCGCACACAGGCAGCAUCUGAGUACGGCACGGAGCAAGUUGCGCAGGCCUUGUCCGCUGUCACCGAGGCCUCCUCUCCCCCAUCAAAAAGCGUUCGAUCUCACUCGGAUCAGCAUCUCCAGGCCUCUUCCCCCACCACCGCACGACUUCCUUUCAGCAGUAGUAGCUCGGCAUCCCGCGAACGGGGCCUGUCGGUAGCAUCAACCUCCGGCUCCAUGGCAUCUAGUCACAACACCAACCGCGAUGGCACUCGCACCGAGCGCCCAUCGAGCAUGGGGUAUGUCGCGCAGCAUCGCACACGCGACAACAUCCACGAAGCCAGUCCCGACGAGCCCUCCUUCACCGGCAGUGCAGCCGAACUAGUCGACGAACACGCUCACAGUGGCCACCAAAAACCUCUCUAA